AUGGGGAAUUGUUUCAAUUAAGAUGAGUCUCAAAAUUCUUCAUUAAAAACAAUGAAAAAAGUAGAAAGUGUAUUAAGUCAACCAAUACAUGAAAAUGAAAAUGGAAAAAUCUGUUUGAAGGAUUUUUUGAGUUAAGGUGAAAUAGGCAGGGUUUUUGAUAUUAAUAGUAUAAAUAGGGUCAAUUUGGUAAGGUUUUGAAAGUGAAGAUGAAAUGUAAUUAGAAAGAAUAUGCAAUGAAAGUUAUCAAAAAAGCAGACAUAAUAAAAUAUGGUUUAGUGAAUCAUACUAUGCUUGAGAAGAAUGUAUUAGAAUAUAGCAAUAAUCCGUUUGUAAUAAAACUAAAAUAUUCAUUUUAAACAGAACAAAAACUUUAUUUAGUGAUGGAGUAUAUAAUAGUAAAUAAAAAUUAGAUUAGUUAAUGGAGGAUAAUUACUAAGAGUAAUGACAAGAUAACCUUAAAAACAUUUUACAUUUGUUUAAGCAUAAUUUUGUGCAGCAGAAGUUGUCUUAGGUUUAGAAUAUAUGCAUGAAAAACUCAAAGUAAUCUAUAGAGAUUUAAAACCAGAAAAUAUCUUAGUAACUGAAUAAGGACACUUGAAAUUAACAGAUUUUGGAUUAUCAAAAAAAUAUGAAUCACUGGACAUGAAGUUCUUUACUGUAUAUCUUUGUAUUUUUCACUAGAUUAGAUAGCCGGUACUCCAGAGUAUCUGGCACCAGAAAUUUUGAAUAAUUCUGGCCACAAUUAUGCUGUUGAUUGGUGGUGUUUGGGAAUAUUAAUAUAUGAAAUGUUGGUUGGUAAAACACCAUUUAGAGAUAAGGCUAAUAAUUUUAGAAAUAUAGAAUCACAAAUUAAAGAGGGUCAUUUAGAAUUUCCAGAUUUUAUAAAUGAAUAAUCUAAAGAUAUAAUAAUAUAGUUCUUGAACAAAGAUCCUACUAAAAGAUUAGGUAAUUCUAUUAUGAAAUUUAUUAGGACAUAAAUCAAUUUAAGAAAUUAAAGAUCAUAGUUUUUUUAAAGAAAUUAAUUGGGAUGAUGUUGCUAAUUUAAGAAUCAAAUCACCUAUUUUAGAAGGAGUUUAAAAGUUACAAUAAUAAAUUGCAAAAGAGGUUCCAGUUGCAAAGAAAAUAUUUGAGACUCCUUAAUCAUAAGUUGGUUAAACAGCAGGCAAUUUUGAAGGAUUUUCUGCCAAUCAUGAUGAAUUUUGA